UUAAAUACAAUCACAGCUACGAUAGACAACCACUGGGAAAGUCCCCUGUGAGCUCCCACUUUAUAAUUAUCAUGAUAAGAUAUGCUCAGUUAAAUAGUUUUAGGCUGUAACCUAAAACUAUUUCUUCUACAGAAAAUUUCUAUUUUUUCUACUUUCCUUGAUGUUUUAAAAAAGAGACGAUAAAAAGUGUCGAAACAGGUGCUCUAUGAUAAAAUGAUAAGUGUUUUUGACAAGGUAUGAUACCAAAUAUACAUAGAAGUGAUAUCCUUAACGUCGUCAACUUCAAUUAAAUCAUGUUUUGUAUAAUGGACAAUCACAUUUUGAAUUAAUUAUAUUUGUAACAUAUGAGAAGACACCAACGGAUAUAUAAUAAGAAUAAAUACUGAAGACUUUUUAUCCAUUCUAAAGAAACUAACAUCGUAUGAACUGUCUGAAAGUGUAUUGUUGUUUCAUAGUUUUGUUAUCCACGUGAGCAUACAGUUUCCAUACAACAUGUCAUCAACGUCAGCAAACGAAAAAAAAAAAUACAUUUAUGAUUUACCUUUUCUUGAACGAUCAGAUUUAUGUAAAAUAUUAAAUCAAAAUGAUAAAUGGGAAGAACUUGCUGGAGUUUGGAUGAAAUAUGAUGUAUUAACUGUUCAAAAUUUAAGAAAAGAAAAAAAUCCAACAGAAGAGUUAUUAACACUAUGGUCCAUUCAUAAUCAUACAAUAUUAGAAUUAUUUAUUCUGCUCUCCAGAAUGCAACAUUAUCGAGCAAUGAUUGUCUUAAAACCAUUUGUUGAUGAAAAAUUUCACAUCUUAAUACAUAAAGGAGAAGGAAAUUUAAUAAGUUUGUUAGGUCGUCAACGAUCUUUAAAAGUUGAAGUAGAUCCUAAAAUAGGUGUUCAAAAUUUCAAUAAUGCUUCUUCUACCAACACAGAACCUCCUAAAGUAGUAAUAAAAGAACCUAAUACAAAAAUUCUUAAUCAGGCAGAACCGAUUGAUUUAUUGCAUAUGUCUCCUAGUGAUUCUAAUAAUAUGUUAGCCGCAAGUCCUGUACCACCACGUAUUUCACCUGUACCGGAUCGAGGAGGAUUAUCCUACAAGUUAAAUGGUUUAACUUUAAGUAAAGCCGAAUCUACUUUACCUCAAAUACCCUACGAUGAAUUAACAAGAGCUACAGAUGGGUGGAACGAACAUAAAGUACUUGGAAAAGGUGGUUUUGGGAUUGUAUAUCGAGGAACCUGGAAGAAUACAGAUGUUGCCAUCAAAAAAAUAGAACGUAGAGGACCAGAAUCUGAUGAGAAUUACAUAAUUCAACUGCAGCAAUCACUCAGGGAAAUUACUAUUCUCAAUUCUCGACCUCAUGAAAAUAUUCUAUCACUAUACGCAUUUAGCAUCGGUGGUCAUGCUCCAUGUCUUGUUUACCAAUUUAUGAGAAAUGGCUCCCUCGAAGAUAGAUUAUUGCUUAAACACAGAACUUCUCCUUUAACAUGGCUCCAACGUCAUGAAAUUGCAAAGGGAACUGCUCGAGGCUUGCAAUAUUUACAUACAAUCGGAGAAAAACCUCUUAUUCAUGGAGACAUUAAAAGUGCUAAUAUUUUAUUGGAUAAAAAUAUGGAACCGAGGAUUGGUGAUUUUGGUUUGGCAAGAGAAGGUUCAGAGAAAGAUUCCAUGAAAGUGAGUAAAAUCCAUGGAACCAGACCAUAUUUACCUGAUGAAUUUCUUCGAGGAAAGCAUUUAUCUACAAAAAUUGAUACAUAUAGCUACGGAAUCGUUUUAUUUGAAUUAGCUACUGGACUUCCAGCGUAUGAUGACUCACGUCCAGAAAAUAAAUUUUUAAAAGAUUUCAUGGAUAAUUGGAAUGAAAAUGAUUUUCCGUUGUUAGCGGACAAGAAGGCUGGUGACGAACAUAACGAAGUGUUUUAUAACUUAAUUGUACUAGGCAAAUGGUGCUCCAACAGACUAGCUAAAGAUCGACCAGAAAUGGAAUUUGUGUACAGAAAGUUGAAUGACUUAUGAAUUACAGAAAAUGUGCCAUGUAUAAAUUAUAUU